UAUCACAAUAUCAUUAAAUAACAACAGUAUGUAUUAUUUGGGAAAUACAAUUCAAUAGAGAGAUUCUAUACAAAAAGUAGUAUUAACCUUAAAAUCUUGUUAAGAAUACUUCAGCCAAUAAAAUUACGAGCAUUACGGGGAAAUGGAUCUUAAGGUUUAGAAUGCAAUAGAAGAUGUUCAACGUUUAGAUGUAGUAAAAAUGAAGAAGUCCAUUACAAAGAAGAUGUCAACUAAGUAACAAUUAAGUGAUAUCUUGUUUCUAGAUCGAUUCGAAUAUUGUCAAAUAAAUUACGAAUAGCAUUACAUAUGUUGGAGGGUGAUUGGAUUAGCAAGAAUAAUACAUCAUUCCAAUAUAAAUGGGCAUCAAUUAAAAUGAAAAAUAUAUAGCAGUAGAAAUGUUUCGUAUUUUAGAGUAAUGAACAUGGACAUGAAGAAGUUGGAUAAAAAAUCACUUGAGUUAUUGAUCUGUAGGAUAUGUGAAAAAAAAGUACAAGCUUUUGAAAUGAAAAAUCAUUGUGAGGAAUGUCAAUAAUCUGCUGAGGCAAAGAAACGAAUAUUAGAAUUGAAUUUGGAAAUGGCAAAUCUUUGCGAAGCAGCCUAUUAAGAGAAGAGAAAUGCUUAAGUUAAACAAGCGUUAAUAAAGUAAGAUUUGAUAAUAGUUAGUAAAAAUAAGAAAGUAUAAAAAAAUAAUAAUAAAUUCAGAAGAACCUAAACAUUCAAUAUGGAUGAACAAGAGAACGAAUAAGAGUUAAUCAAUAUCAAUAAUGCUAUGACUAUAAUUAUUAAUUAUGCUGAUAAAAUAGUGAAUUAAUCUAAUGAUGAUCCUAAGUGUAAGAAUUAUCUGACUAAAUAGAAAAUCUGGUCAUCCUUAAUGAUCUGUCGAAUGCAGGCAAUUACAUAGAGAGUAAUGAAGCUAAGACCAUCAUAACACGUGCUCAUAAGAGCAUCCUAGAUCGAAUGGAAUAUUUCAAGAAACAGGAAGGUCAUCAUUAACAAUAUGACAUGACUCUCCAAUUAACCAAAAUUUAAGCUAUGAAAAAGUCCUUUGCCAAACAAAACUCACUCUCCUUUCGCUAAUCAAAGUUUUCUUAAGUUUCUCAAUCUCCAAGAAAUCGUGUUGUUGAUCCCAUAUUUGAACAGGAAGAAGGAGAAAGACAGAAUCAACCAGUCAUUCCUAGAAGAAGAGAAUUCAAAAUGAAUACUUCAAUCUUUAAGGUGAAUGAAGGUUGUGACAGUCCAAGAAUUUCUAAUAAACCAUAUACAGCAGGUUUCAUAAAUGAUCAUACAGAUUCCGACAGUGUGAAAUAGCCAUUCUCUUAUGAUUCUGAUGUUGGAGACAAUAAAGCACCCUCUAUAAAAGAAGAACAUAGCAAUUCAUCCUUAGAUGAAGAGUCUAGCAAAUCUAAUGCAUCAAAUCCUCUGAGAAGAUAACUCAAAAUUCAAUAGAAGAAGAGAGUCUCUAAUUUCCACUCCCAAGACUUUUAAUAAGCCAGUACUCCAACAUCUUCUUCUUAAUAAUAAGUUUCAAUACCUAAAAAAAGUAAAUUCAGCAGUAAUGCUUCGAAUAAUAGUCCUCAGCUGAUUUAGGAAUAGAUUGAUCCUGUUCACACUGACAAGGGGUAUCACUCUGAUUCCGACAUGAUCAAGACCAAUUCUUCAGUAUCAAUUGAGUAGAAGAAUGUUGGCAUUAAGGAUUUUGAAUUCAUUAAACCUUUGGGUAAGGGAGCCUAUGGAUGGGUUUUCUAAGUGAAAAAGAAAGGGUCUGGAGAUAUGUAUGCUUUAAAGAUUAUUGAUUGUGCUUAGCGAGUAUUAAUUAAAUCAUAACCAAUAGAAUUUAGAGGCUUUCUUAGAGUAAUUGAAGGCAGAGAGAAACAUAUUUGAAAUCCUUAAUAGUCAUUUCGUUGUGAAGGCAUACUUCUCAUUUGUACAUGAGCAUUACUUAUGUUUUGUCUAAGAAUAUAUGGUCGGUGGUGAUUUGGCUAGUAUUUUGAAGACAUACACAGCGUUGGAUGAAUUUUAUGUGAGACAUUAUAUGGCUGAAAUAGUAUUGGCAUUGGAAUAUUUGAGGAAUUAGAAUAUAGUACAUAGAGAUUUAAAACCAGAAAACAUUUUAUUGGAUUCAUAAGGACAUGCCAAAUUGGCUGACUUUGGAUUAUCAGAGAAGGGUUUGAAUAGCAGAUUAAAAAUGAAAAGAGAAGGUUAAGUGUUGCCUGACUGUAUCUCUUAGUAGGUUAAUGAUUCAUCAGAAUUUUAUGAGCACAUCAAAAAGGCUGAGUCCAUUUUCAUUGAAUCUAAGAACAGUAGUAAUAAAAAGUAUUGACAUAUCAUUUUUAAUGUAGGAUUAUUGGCACUCCUGAUUAUAUAGCACCUGAAAUUAUCCAAGGUGUGUCAGUAACUAAUUAUUCAGCAGAUUAUUGGAGUUUGGGUGUUAUCAUGUAUGAAAUGCUCUGUGGAGUUGCACCUUUUAAUGAUGACACUGUGGAGAAGAUAUUUGAGAACAUUCUCAAUUUAAGGAUUGAAUGGCCCAAAUUGGGAGAUGAUGGAGAAGAAUGCAUUUCUUAUGACUCCUAUGAUCUUCUUACUCGGCUCUUAGAAUAAGAUUACAAGAAGAGGAUUGGCCAUGUCUCCAUUGAUGAAAUUAAGUAGCACAAGUUCUUUAAAGGUUCUUAAUUCCUUUAUUGUUAUUUCAUAGGCAUUGAAUGGAAUACAUUACUUAACAAGCCUGGUGUUAUUAUACCCGAUUUGGAUUAAUCUUCAAGAGACACUGAGAAAAUGGAGUAGUUCUUAGUUAAACUAACUAAACCAACCAAGGAUUAGGAACAUAAGAAAUUGACCCAGUAGCUCAAGAAUCAAUUGUAGAAUUUAGAACGCAUAGAUCUAUUGAAACAAAGAAGUGUACAGGAGGCAGAGGAAUAUAUGUAUGUUGUUGUAUUAUCGAUUUCUUUUAGAUAGACGAUUGAAAGAGAAUAAAGUUUUAUGCAAAAAUAGAUUGAUUAACUUACUUAAUUUACUGCAAAGCUAUAUUCUUCACAUAUGAAAAAUAAAUGA